CUCUUCCAUUGGACCGUAACAGAUCCUCUUGCAUACAGUGCGGGGGGUGAUAUUAUUAAAGGGCUAGUUGCUUGUUGCCACGUACCAUCCUGAGCACGGUACGUAUAAGCAUAGAGAAAGGAUCUAUGGUAUAAGGAAAGGUACAAGCAAAUUGAAAACUCCCUCACGAUCUACAUCUAAAUCUACUGAGCUACUCGUAAAAGCCUGUUCAUCAUCUAAAGACAUGGCCUUGUUCACUGGCAUUACCGUUAAACAUUUCUCUUUGGUACUUCGUUAUUUGAUGGUGUCGUAUCUUCUGAAGGCCGGUCUUCAUUUGGGGGAUGUCUGCUCUUCGGCUGAUGCAGCGGGUUACAAUACCGAAGAGGUCUACAAAAGAAUGCUCGUAUUCAAGGAUGUUAUUACUGGCAAUGAGAUGUUUACUGAUUCCUUCAAGUACACGUUGGUGGAUGACAUUGUGUACGAGGUUGAAGCAAAGUAUAAGCCCAUAGACAAUGGAAUGGAAUCCGUGCCUUUGUUGAAGGCAGAUGCGGAAGUUGAUGAGGACUUAGACGUAGUGCCUGACCUUGUCGAGACUUCGAAUCUUGUGGAGGGUCCUGUAGAUGACAAGAAGGUACAGAUAAAGGCAUACCUGAAGAAUCUCAGCGGCCGUUUCGACGAUCCUGAUGAGAAGCUUUUGUUUCAACUCAAGCUUAAAAGAUAUUUUGAUGGACUACUGGGCAAAGGCUGGAAGAACCUGGAUAAGUUUCUCAUGUACUGGGGUGAAGACGAUGAGUUUGAUAACGAAGGCAUGUGUAUCCUUAUGGGUCACAGGGACUCCGGCUCGCCGUAUUUUGUGUUCAUUAAGCAAGGACUUUAUAAUGAAAAAUAUUAAAGGCACUGGAAACAAGUAUUAUACUCAAAAUAAUUGUUAGUACAACAACUUACUUGGUAACGAGCAACCACAGAGAGCUAUUAAUUCAUUUAAAUACCAACUAAAACAUGUUUACUAAAUUCCCAAUUUAAUUGAGCCGUUUCUCACAAUGUUUUAUACCAUCAACCUCUCCCCAUUACCAAGAAAGGUUUUAUGCCAACAAUUAUUUUGAGUAAUUACCAAUAGUGUCCACUGCCUUUAAGAUAUAUGCCAUGGUGUCACCGCAAACCUAAUACCGACUACCAGGAACAAAGAAUCGGUACACAAUUUUAAUUAAUAAAUGUUCUUUAAUUCUCCCCUUGACUUCUACAAUUAUAGAAUAAAUAUGUGUGAUUGUUUUUGUUAAACCCCUACAGUCUUCAAAGCUAGUAAACAAUGCCAGUUAUGAAAUAAUGCCAACAUAAUGACAACACAAACGAGUCCUGUUCCUUUCUAAAAUCAAACUUGGAUUCCAAGUGUAAAAUUUAAAGAAAUAUCCGAGUUUCUUAUUCCGUUUCAGACCGACGUCAUGAUUCGUCAUCUUUUGUUCCUAGUGCUGACUUGUUAUGAUAAAAUCCACAUGUAA